AUGGCAGACCGCAUCGUAAUCAUGGGUCCCGGCGCCGUCGGCAGCUACGUGGGCGCUUUCCUCGUCCAGGCCGGCGAGGACGACAUCACCUUCAUCGACAUGUGGCCCGAGCACGUCGAAAAGAUGCGCGCCGAGGGCCUCCGCGCCAGCGGCAGCCAGGGCGACUUCACCGUGCCCGUCAACGCCAUGCACCUGACGGACGCCCAGAACAUCACCGAGCCCUUCGACUACGCCUUCAUCACCGUCAAGUCCUACGAUACCGAGUGGGCCACCCACUUCGUCAAGCGGUACGUCAAGGACGACGGCGCGUUCGUGUCCAUCCAGAAUUGCUGGAAUGACCCCACCAUCGCCAACAUCGUCGGCGAGGACCGCCAGUUGGGCUGCAUCGCCUCGCACAUCGAGGUUGCCCUCUGGGAGCCGGCCCACGUCAACCGCGGCGGCGCGCCGGGUCGCGACCACGGCCACACCGUGUUCCGUGUCGGAGAGUACACCGGAGCGAUCACACCCCGUUCCGAAGCGCUGGCCGCCAAGCUGGACCACAUCGAUGCCGCCUACGCCACCGACAACCUGCCCGGCGAGCGCUGGGCCAAGCUGUGCCAGAACGGCAUGGGCAACGCCAUCUCCGCCAUGAGCCAGUUGGGCAGCCAGGAGAUGGCCGGCGACGACAGGAUCCGCCGCAUCCGCAUCAACCUGGCCAAAGAAGGCGCGCAGGUCGGCCUGGCCCAGGGACUCCGGGUGGUGGAGAUCAACGGCACCCCCGCCGAGUUCUGGGCGGACGCGGACCGGGGCGACGUGUUCGAGGAGCUGGACGGGAAACUGUCCGAGGCCGGCGGCCGGGUGAACUGGCUCGCCUCCAUGGCCCAGGACGUGCACAAGCGCCGCAAAUCGGAAGUCGAUUUCAUGAACGGUCUCAUCUGCGAAAAGGGCAGGGAGACCGGCGUCGCCACCCCCUACCACGACGCCAUCGUUGAGGCCAUGCGGCUGGUGGACAGCAAGGCGAUUGCUCCGGGUCCUGAAAACGUGGACCGCGUAGUCCGCGCGAUCGAGGGUUAG